AUGAAAGAACAUAUGGUAUGGAGAAAACAAAAGGGAAGUGUUGUGAAAUGAAGACAAAUAUUACUGGAAGCGUGUUAUUGGUGAGUACCAUAGCAGUGUUGCUACUGCAUCUGGUCUGCUCAACUAUAGCAGCUCCUGGGCAGCUUUUCGAAACUGAUCCAUGCGGACCAGAGGCUGCAGCUCUCAAGACUAACAUAAGGAAACUAGAGAAUAAAUUGCUGAUCACAACUUGGAUGACCGAGCAUCUCCAAAUGUACAGAUACUUCAAACCGCUUGAGUUUUCUGCAUCCGACAGUAAACCUCAGACUGACCCGGCACCCGAUGUAAACAAAAACAACAACACCUUGGACAACAAAAUGAUGAAACCAAUUCCUCCAGCUGGAAAUUUGAUUGUCCAUGACAAAGACUGCUCCGAACUUUAUGAUAGGCUGAGAUCACCAAGCGGCUUUUACCGCAUCAGACCCAAGUUACACCAGGAGCCGUUUUUAGUCUACUGUGACAUGGAGGACGGAGGAGGAUGGACAGUGUUUCAGAGGCGUCGGCAUGGAAAAGUUGACUUUAACAGAGACUGGGUGGACUACAGAGAUGGGUUUGGAGAAUUCAAACUGUGGAAUGAUGAGUUUUGGUUGGGGAAUGAGCACAUGAAUGCUCUACUGUCAGAAGAUAAAAACCUGGUGAAGAUUGAUCUCAUGGACUGGGAUGGAAAGAGAAGUUUUGCAUUUUAUGAGAACUUCAGGAUCACAGAUGAAGCUGAUAAGUAUCGUCUCCAGUACGGGCAGUACAGUGGGAAAGCUGGUGAUGCUCUGACUGGUGGUGGAGGAAUGGUGGAGCAGUGGUCUUCCAGCCUUAGUGGGAUGCAGUUCAGCACUGGAGAUCAGGAUAAUGACCGCUUCCUUCAGGGAAGCUGUGCCAAAGAGAAUCAGGCUGGUUGGUGGUUCAACAGGUGUCAUGCAGCCAACCUAAAUGGCAAGUUCUAUGGGAGGGGGAAAUACAAGGCUGAGUAUGACAAUGGUGUGGUGUGGGGGACUUGGAAAGGCCUCUGGUACUCUCUUAGACACACCACUAUGAAGGUGCGCCCCCUGGUUUUUUUGGAUAGUGCAGGAAGUGGAGCAGGGGACAUUUAAAAAUCCUAGAUUUCUGUCUAAAAUUAAAGAAAACAAGGUAUUUAAAAAGAAAAUGUAUUCAUUGUAUUUUAAUUACUUCCUUUGCUUCAACUUCAAAUUAUAGCUAAAAUCAACAAAACAUAAUUUUAU